CUCUUCAUCAUCGUCUUUCAAUCUCGGCCGGAUUAUCAGUUGCCGGCACCGUCUUAAAUUGCCGUCAAAAUGACUGAAGUAGCUAGCAACGUUGUUUACGAAGUAUUAGGUCCUAGAGCACAAGAUCUGGACCAGCCAAUCAUCGAUUACAUUAUUAACGUCCUCGCGGAUGAAGAUUUUGAUUUUGGAUAUGAAGGAGAAGGCGCCUUUGAGGCCAUUGGAGAACUUCUUGUUGAUUCCGGCUGCGUUACUGACUUCUCCGAAUGCCAUUCAGUUUGUGGCAGACUAUCAGAAAAAUUUGGAAAGCAUGGUUUAAUCAAAAUCAAGCCAGCUGUUAGAAGCCUUGCUACACCAUUUAGAAUGAAUGAGGGAAUGGAUGAAGAGAAAGCUCCAAAAAAGAAGCCUGAGCCAGUGGACGGUCCUCUGCUAACUGAACGUGACAAAAUCAAGCUUGAAAGGAGGAAGAGGAAGGAUGAGCGCCAAAGAGAGGUGCAAUACCAGAUACAUUUAGCAGAAAUGGAAGCAGCAAAAGCUGGAAUGCCUGUUGUAUCUGUAAAUCAUGACAAUAGUGCUGAAGGAUCUACAAUUAGGGAUAUACAUAUGGAGAACUUUAAUGUGUCUAUUGGUGGACGUGAGCUUAUUGUUGAUUGUACUGUAACACUAUCUUUCGGGCGACACUAUGGCCUUGUUGGCAGGAAUGGUACAGGGAAAACAACUUUCCUAAGGUAUAUGGCUAUGCAUGCUAUUGAAGGUAUUCCUAAAAACUGUCAGAUAUUGCAUGUGGAGCAGGAAGUUGUUGGUGAUGAUACAUCAGCGUUACAAUGUGUCCUUAAUUCGGAUGUUGAGAGAGCACAUCUUUUGGAAGAAGAAGCCCGCAUACUAAAAUUACAGAGAGAUUUGGAGUUGGAAGGAAAGGACCCGAAUGGGAUAAAUGAUGAUGGAAUUGCACAGAAGCUUGAAAUCAUAUACAAAAGGCUAGAGUUCAUUGAUGCAUAUUCCGCAGAGUCUCGUGCAGCUUCUAUUCUUGCGGGUCUCAGUUUCACACCAGAAAUGCAGAAGAGGCCAACAAGAGCCUUUUCUGGAGGAUGGAGAAUGAGAAUAGCUCUUGCUCGUGCACUUUUCAUUGAGCCUGAUCUGUUACUACUUGAUGAACCUACGAAUCAUCUUGAUCUUCAUGCAGUGCUGUGGCUGGAAGCAUACCUAACUAAAUGGCCAAAAACAUUUAUUGUUGUUUCUCAUGCUAGGGAAUUCUUGAACACGGUAGUCACAGAUAUUUUGUAUCUUCAAGGGCAAAAGCUGACUGCAUUCAAAGGAGACUAUGACACAUUUGAGAGGACAAGAGCUGAACUUCUUAAAAACCAACAGAAAGCAUUUGAAUCAAAUGAACGUUCGAGGGAACAUAUGCAGUCUUUCAUUGAUAAAUUUCGAUACAAUGCGAAACGUGCAUCUCUUGUUCAAUCUAGAAUCAAGGCGCUGGAACGUCUAGGACAUGUUGAUGAAGUUGUGAAUGAUCCAGAUUACAAGUUUGACUUUCCUACACCAGAUGAUAGACCUGGCCCACCUAUAAUAAGCUUCAGUGAUGCUUCAUUUGGCUAUCCCGGAGGCCCAAUACUGUUCAGGAAUUUGAAUUUUGGGAUAGAUUUGGACAGCCGUGUAGCAAUGGUAGGCCCCAAUGGUAUUGGUAAAUCCACUAUACUUAAGUUGAUUUCAGGGGAUCUUCAACCAAGCUCAGGAACAGUUUUUCGUUCGGCUAAGGUUCGUAUUGCUGUAUUCAGUCAACAUCACGUUGAUGGGCUUGACCUAACCUCCAAUCCACUUCUAUAUAUGAUGCGCUGCUUCCCAGGUGUGCCUGAACAAAAACUUAGAGGCCACUUAGGUUCUUUUGGUGUAACUGGGAAUCUGGCUCUUCAACCAAUGUACACCUUGUCUGGUGGUCAGAAAAGCAGGGUUGCAUUUGCAAAGAUAACCUUUAAAAAACCUCACAUCAUAUUGCUCGAUGAGCCGUCAAAUCAUCUUGAUUUGGAUGCUGUGGAAGCAUUAAUACAAGGUCUUGUUCUGUUCCAAGGAGGGGUUCUGAUGGUAAGUCACGACGAGCAUCUGAUUUCGGGUAGUGUUGACCAGUUGUGGGCUGUGUCAGAUGGCAAGGUAACGCCGUUCAGUGGCACGUUCCAGGAUUACAAGAAGAAACUGCAAUCUUAGUUAACUUCCAAUACUCGAUGUGCGAAUUCUGUGAGAUUACUGUGUUUUUGUAUGUUGUCAUAGCAACAAGACUUGGAUAAAUGAAGUGAUCAAAUGACACAUAUUUAACUUCAUGGGGUUUUUUAAAAGGUGAAGAUUGUC